AUGGAAGGAGGCGACGCCAACGUAGCCUCUUCAACAUCCCAUUCAGGUCCGGACGGCGAUGGAGCUGCACCAGUACAUAGCCAUGGCCAUGACCACCACAACACCGAUCACACACAUCACCAGCCGACUUUUAUUCUUCACCACCAUCAUCAUCGGGAGCAGGACUCCCCCCGACCAAAGUCACGGCCAAUUUCGCUAAAUGAUUUACACGAAGCUCGCAAGAAUUUUCUAUCUCCAAUUGAACAUGGAAUAUCGGACCUGGAACAUUAUUUUACUGGUCCUCGCGAUAUCAGCAGACACACAAAAUGGCCCACGUUCUUGCGGAUGGACGGUAGUAUUCUACCGAGAUUGAUCCUUCCCUUGGUUUUUAUGGCCGUGAAUGUAUCAGAUAUUCUCCUUACGGUCCUCGGUUUCGUUGUCGGCUUGGCAUUAUCAUUUCGAAGCACCACUGCAUACGAACGUUAUGCUGACGGCCGGAAAUACUGGGCUGAAUUGAUUCAAACAUCUCGAAACAUGGCUCGCACGAUAUGGGUGCAUGUGAAGGAGCGAGAAGGCGAUGACGGAAAGAAAGAUCUUCUAGGGAAAAUAACGGCGAUGAACCUGAUCUUAGCUUUUGCAAUUGCGCUCAAACACAACCUCCGCUUCGAACCCGCCAUUGCUUACAAGGAUCUGAUUGGCUUGGUUGGUCACCUAGACACAUUUGCCAAGGAAGCCCAUGACCCUGAGCUCUUGAAACCUCAUCCAAAGACCGCUUGGAAAGCAUUGGGAGAGUAUCUUGGUGUUUCAUUUGCAGAGUCAAACCCGCGGAAAAUGAUAAAAAGGGCCAAGAAACCUCUAGGACAUUUGUCACUUGAGAUUUUGAAUCAUCUGUCUGCCUAUAUCGAUCAUUGCGAGCAGGAAAAACUCCUUCCAUCAGCAUUACACCAAGGACAGCUCAUCUCUGGUAUAGCCUCAUUCAACGAAGUCUUGACUGGUGCUGAGAGGAUAUCCUGGAUCUACAUAUUAGUACUCCCCUUCCAACUAGUAUCGUUAAUGAACUGGAUAGCGAUUCCGGGAACUGUCGUCGCCGCAUAUAUCAUCCUAAGUUUUGUUGCAAUUGGCAGGGAGCUUGAAAACCCAUUUGGGGACGACGUCAAUGACCUUCCUCUUGAUUCAUACUGCAAACAAGUUGCCACGGAAAUCGACAUUAUUACCGCCACGCCGGCCCCGAAGAUGGUAAAUAUCAUGACCAGUGGGGACAACGUCGUUCUAUAUCCGCUGAGUCUGGAUGGGUACGACAAAUGGAUGGAUCGCAGCAUGGAGGAUAUCCGUGGUGCCUUAAAGGCAAAAGUCACUGCUCAGAAGAAGUUUGCUGACUUUGCAGGUGCCGAGGGGUCAAUCACAACGGCGUCGACAACCUCAAUAUCAGAAACUGUGAAACAUUAA